CUUCUCUGACACGGUUGAGGCGAUGCUCGACUGUAUAUCAACAGCCGUUGUCUAGGAUUGCGAGCCAGGCCGCCGCCACGGAAGUACCGGAGUUCUAGAUGUUGGAUCUUGGGGAUGUGUGUCAUGUAGCGCAGGAAUUCCUGUGCAUUAGUACAGGCAACACUUAGAAGACGCUGGGUCGCGUUGGCUCAUCAUCAAUAAAUGGCCCACAGCAUCCUCCUUGCGGAGUGAAUCGAGGUCACGGGCGAUGGAUUGCCUCAACUUGCGUUGCAAAUGUUGCACGAUGGUGCCGGGUUUGCUAUCUCUGUGCCUGUUCCACGUCGGAGCUGUGCAUGGAUUUAACGCUCUGGCGGCCUUGUCUACUACCCCAGGGCCCUGGGUACGUAAAUACGGAUUAUCUGAUUACGCCCGGGCUGACUGCGGGACGUCCGGACCCCGCAUAAUAUCCUGGCAGCGAUCGAGUAUGGAGCUGGAGCAGCUGAGUCUUCCUCUGGUCGCAGGCUACGCUGAGCAACACCCUCGACCGGUGUGCAUUCACCGCUUUGCGGUGUUGGUGGUAUUGUCACAAAAGUGUGAGGCAUGUCGUGAUGCUGGCGCAUCUCCAGGCCGCACGGAGGUUCGAUUUGGGGGGUGGGUGAGCCAGUUUCGCUGAUACGCGCGUAUUGGGAUCGCAUUGAUGAGGGAAGCUCUGGUCAAAGGCGCAGUCCCAAGGCACUAAAGAACGGCACGGACAUGUACAGAACUGUUG